UCAUUUUUUUUGGUAAUGCAAAAAAGCACCAGUUACUCUGAAGAGAAAAGUGUUCAUCAUCAAGAGAUGUUUAAGGAGAAAGAUUUCUUCUUCUUCUUCUUCUUCCAUAGAACACUUCACAACGUCAAGUCUUUCUUCUUCCGAGUGCGUAAGAAGCUACCGAGAAAACCCUUUUCUCGCAGGUCAAAAUCUCUUCACCCCGACAACCUCUACAUAAGUUUUCUCAACGUUUUGGAAUCAGAUCUCGAAAAAGCCAAUGAUACGUCAUCGUUAGAGCAAACUCAAGAAGAAGAAGAAGGGGAGAAACCUCGAGCCUUUUCCCGGUCGUGGAGAAGACAAAGAGACCGGGAAGCAUUUGAGAAGAAGGUUAAGGAGAUGGAUAUGAUCGAAAGCGGAGAUAUAGAGGAUGCCCUCGACGUAGAAGAGGCGGUUCAUUACUAUUCCCGCCUUAGAAGCCCCGUCUAUCUCGAUAUCGUCGACAAGUUCUUUGCUGAUCUCUACUCGGAUCUGUCUCUUCCUCAGACGUCGUCUGUCGUCAGAGCCAAGGCUUCCAAGAGAAGAGUUGGGUCUGUCCUUACAUUUUAGGGUUCUUGAUCUCCGCUGUUUGUGUGUUUUUUUCUUCAUUGUUUUGGAUUCUUUCUUCUUUGUCUGUUUGUUUGCUUCAGUGUUUCCUGUGCAUAUAUCUGCACCAAUUUAGUUUGACAAUGAACUGUUUUCCAAUUUAGUGGAUGUUAGACCGAA